CAAAACAACGAUUAAAAAAAACGACUACAAUUUUAUUAGAAUGACAACAACAAUUAAAAAUAUUAAAAAAUGUAUUCACAAACUGAUAAGAGCAACAAUGCAGCAGCCCCGCUGAAUUAUCUUCGUGCUAAUCGCUGCUGUCAGCCGCCGCAGUUGGCAGCGUCGAAUCGAUCGAGUGUGAAGAAUGCAUCUUCACAGAGCGAUCAGAAUUAUCAGUUUCAACCCGGUUACCGGCGUAUGAUUUUGAAGAAUUUCCAUUCCUCGAAAACUGCACAAGCAACUUUAGUCGCGCGGCACACCUUAAAUUUUGCAAGAUUUUGUCGUUUUGUGCCAUUUAUUAAAAUCGCUUUGAUAUUGUUUUAUUUUAAUUGCUUAAUAAAUCUACCGGGUGGUGUGCAUGCAGCACCCCAGUCCUGUAUACUCUGUGAUAAAAAAGAUUUGGAAGCCAAAGAUCCUGGGGGAAGUAAUUUUGAAGAGUUCCGAUUUGAGCACCAAGUUACUCGACAAGAUGCGAUCAGCGCAUUAAAGAUGUUUAAUAAUAGCUUCGAUCACGGUUCUUCAUGCAAGUCCGUUUCCUGUACAAAAACUGUUAUGAAAUAUUGUCUGGGAGCACAGUUCAUAAAUGAUCACUGCUGGUGUGAGCUAGGACAUACUGAAG